CUCCCUCCUUCGACUUGCUAGGCUGCACUGGCGUCUAUAUAAAAUCCAUGUCUGCUCAAUUUUCCAUUGCAGCGAAGAACGGCCACGGAAAUCGAAGAAGCCAACUGAACAAUGGCUCUUUCCAGCAGUUCUCUCAUUCCCACCAAAUCUUUUGUUGGGACUCAGACCCUUCUUCCUUCCUCUAAGCCUCACCAUUGUUCUCUCUACUCCAACGAUCAAAAGCCCAUGCGGAUCGUCGCUCAAGCUUCUGAGUCUGCGAACAAACCUGUGGUUUCCGAGCCACCGAUGGAGAAGAAAUCUGUUGCAUCGGCUGUGGCGAACUCGACGGUGAAGACGGCUCAGAAGUUGGGUUCUGAGAAAUGGACUCCCGAUAGUUGGAGGUCGAAGAAAGCUCAUCAGCUUCCCGAGUAUCCGAAUCAAGAGGAGCUCCAAUCGGUGCUUCAAACGCUGGAAGCAUUUCCACCACUCGUCUUCGCUGGAGAGGCGAGGAGCCUGGAGGAACGUUUAGCAGAGGCGGCAAUGGGGAAUGCUUUCCUUCUACAAGGUGGGGAUUGUGCUGAGAGCUUUAAGGAAUUUAACGGCAAUAACAUUCGUGAUACAUUCAGGGUUCUUCUUCAAAUGGGUGCUGUUCUAAUGUUUGGAGGACAAAUGCCAGUCAUUAAGGUUGGUAGAAUGGCCGGCCAGUUUGCAAAGCCGAGGUCAGACUCGUUAGAAGAGAAGGACGGUGUAAAGCUACCAAGUUACAGGGGCGAUAAUAUCAAUGGCGAUGCGUUUGAUGAGAAGUCGAGGAUUCCAGAUCCUCAAAGGUUGAUUCGGGCUUACUGUCAAUCUGCUGCAACUUUGAAUCUUUUGAGGGCUUUUGCCACUGGUGGUUAUGCAGCCAUGCAGAGGGUCACACAGUGGAACUUGGAUUUUGCAGAGCAUAGCGAGCAAGGAGAUAGAUACCAAGAACUCGCCCACCGAGUUGAUGAGGCCCUUGGAUUCAUGGCUGCCGCUGGACUCACUAUUGAUCAUCCUAUCAUGACUGCAACCGAUUUCUGGACAUCUCAUGAAUGCUUACUCUUGCCUUAUGAGCAGUCACUUACGCGGUUGGAUUCGACAUCUGGUCUUUACUAUGACUGCUCUGCUCAUAUGCUUUGGGUGGGUGAACGAACCAGACAGUUGGAUGGUGCACAUGUUGAAUUCUUAAGAGGGGUUGCCAAUCCCCUAGGGAUUAAAGUAAGUGAUAAGAUGAAUCCAAGCGAGCUAGUUAAGAUCAUUGAGAUAUUAAAUCCUCAAAACAAGCCAGGGAGGAUUACAGUGAUCACCAGAAUGGGAGCUGAGAAUAUGAGAGUGAAGCUUCCUCAUCUGAUCAGAGCUGUUCGCAGGUCUGGGCAAAUUGUCACAUGGGUCUCCGAUCCUAUGCAUGGGAACACUAUCAAAGCCCCCUGUGGUCUCAAGACCCGCCCCUUCGACGCUAUCAGGGCUGAGGUGAGAGCCUUUUUUGAUGUGCACGAGCAAGAGGGCAGCCAUGCUGGGGGAGUUCACUUGGAGAUGACUGGGCAGAAUGUGACCGAAUGCAUUGGUGGGUCGAGAACCGUAACCUUUGAUGACUUGAGCUCACGCUACCACACCCACUGUGAUCCUAGGCUCAAUGCUUCACAAUCCCUCGAGCUCGCCUUCGUUAUCGCCGAGCGAUUCAGGAAGAGGAGGAUCAAGUUGCAAACAUCUCUUCCCUCUUCUGGCCUGUAAAAUGCUUUAAUAAAGUUUGUCCUUGUAAUAUUAUCCUUGUCCUUUUCAAUCUUCUGCUGCCUCCUCUCUUGGCUGUAUCAAUAUCAAUUAUGGUAUUUAUCUACUUUUCUUUCGUUGUAUACUUUGUAUUACACUGAAAACUAUUGGUUUGGCAUUGGGACCCUCAUAAAUAGAAAUGGGUUAAACUAGACCUUGCCAUUCCUAUAUGAAGCUUUGAGUGUUAGUUUAUCUCAUUCUCCAUUU